AUGCCGCCGAAGAAGAAGACUUCGAUCCAGAAGAAGAAGAAAAAGGGCGGAGCGACGCGCGAGGAAACGGUCGAGACCAAUGAGAAGCAAAAGUCUGUAAUGGGAGCCGCCCCUUCGGAGAAGGUAUCUUCCAAAAAGCCGGUAAAGAAGGCGACCAAAGGCAAGAAGAAGAUCCAGGCUACGGUUGGUGGGUUGCUUUACUUGGUGUUUUGGAUAUAGAAAAAGUUCUUGUCAUGCUUUGUAUUGUAAGGAAAUUUCUUGCUAUUUUAUGGCUUGUAAAGAAAGUUAUUGCCAUUUUAUGACUUGUAAAGAAAGUUUUGCCAUUUUAUAAUUUGUUAAAAAAUUUAUUGCCAUUUUAUGAUUUGUAAAGAAAGUUCUUGCAAUUUUUUUGUUUUGUAAAGAAAGUUUUUGUCAAUUUAUGGCUUGUAAAGAAAGUUUUUGUCAGUUUAUGUUUUGUAAAGAAAAUUUUUGCAUUUUUUGUUUUUUAAAGAAAGUUCUUGUUAGUUUAUGGCUUGUAAAGAAAGUCUUUGCAUUUUUUGUUUUUUAAACAAACUCCUUGCCAAUUUACUUGCCAAAUGCAUUAUUUGUUGUAUUGCAGCCUGCGGGUGACAAGUUAUACGAUGAAUGCAACCUUUGCUAUUCCAAAGAAAAUUAUUGCCAUUUUAAGUUUUGUAAAGAAAGUUUUUGUCGUUUUAUGGCUUGUAAAGAAAGUUCUUGCCAUUUUAAAUCAUGUAAAGAAAGUUCAUUCCAAUUUGUGCUCAAUUUACCUAUCUUUGUCAUUUCCAGUCGAAGCAACAUGCGAAGAAGCAGCUGAUGCACCAAGUGUGGCCGCAAAACCGACGCCAACCGCAGCUCAACCGACCACUCAAGGCGAAGGCAACUUGACAGAGCAAAAAAAAUAUCUGUUUGGAGAGUUUGUCAGAGAUGCAGUUACUUUGGGCGUGCAUGGUAUCUUUAACCAGUUCGAAGAGCUGAAGAUCUACAUUCCCAAGACUCACACCAGCAACGAGUUCAACCUGCACAUGGACAAGAAUAGGUAUAAGGGUAGGUUAAGAUUUUUCUUGAUACUUUUAAGGGUAGGGUAGAGUAGGAUCGGGUAUGUUAUGGUAAGCUAGGGUAGAGUAUGGUCUGGUAGGGUAUGGUAGGCUCGGGUAUGGUAUUGUAGGGUAGAGUAGGGUAUGGUAUUGUAGGGUAGGGUUAAGUAGAGUAAUAUGAGGAAGGAUUGGGUGGGGCAUGGUGAAAUUAAAAACUUUUUUUAAAUUUUUAAUGCCAUUCCAGAUGUGACCUGUGCCGACGCCACUCGUGUUGUCCUUCGUGAUGGCAGCUACAUCCAUGCCAAUUUUGUUGGUGGAGAUCCUUUCAAAAAUCGUUUCAUCGCUACUCAAGGCCCCCUGUCCAAUACUGUAGUUGAGUUCUGGAGAAUGUGUGUUCAAGAAAACGUGGGCUACAUCUUCAUGUUGUGCGAAUGUGUUGAAGACGGUAAAACCAAAUGUCAUAGAUAUUAAUCGCCGGAUUAUAAAGGAACGCUUCCAGUUGGAGGUAAGGCCUAUAAAAUGUGGAAAGAAAGUUAUUGCGGUUUUAGUUUUGAAAGAAAUGGUGUUUUUAUGGUCUGGAAAGAAAGUUAUUGCAUUUUUUUUAUUUGCAAAGAAAGUUAUUGACAUUUUUGACUAUUGAUGAAAGUUUUUUCUAUUUUAUUUUUUGUAAAGAAAGUUGUUGCCAUUUCUGUUUAGAAUAAGUAGAUUUUGUGUUUUGCAGCCUGCGGGUGACAAGUUAUACGAUUAAUGUCAAUUGUGUUGUUUUAAAGAAAUUUCUUGCUAUCUUAUGUUUUGUAAAGGAAGUUUUUGCCAUUUUUUAAUUUGUAAAGAAAGUUCCCGCUAUUUUUUGAUUCAUAAAGAAAGUGUUUGCCGUUUUGUGUAAUUUAAACAACGUUUACACCAUUACCAUCAUAGUUAUCUCACCUAGCCUAUAUUAUUCUAGAAUUCAUCGUAACCAAUGGCGAAUCUCGAAUGGACGGUAACACUGAGUUCACAGCACUUACUGUGUCAGUAAAUGGCCAACCCAUCCUCCAAUGUCAGCACGUUCAAUGGCACGGCUGGCCGGAUCACGACGUGCCACGUCAGGUCAUGAAACCACUGGAGCUGUUGAAGGUGGCUAGGUCGUGUACAAGCAGGCCAAGUGUAGUCCACUGCUCGGCUGGAAUUGGUAGAACUGGAGCGUUCUUGGCUAUUGAAAUGUGCUAUCAACAUAUAUUGUCAUCGACGACUAAGCUGAAUGUGGUGGAUGUGGUCAAAAGUUUGAGGGGUGGGUUUUUGAAAUAUUUUUAAUUUUGAAAAUUUUUUUGAAAUUUGAAUUUUGUUUUUUUUAUUAAAAAAAAUAAUUUGAAAAUAAUUUUUAUUUUGUUUUUUGAUAAUUUUUGGGUUUAAAAUUAAAUAAAAAAUUUUUCGAAAUUAAAAAAAUUUUUUGAAAUAAAAAUUUUUUUUUUGAAAAAACGGCCUAAUUGAAAAAAGUAUACAUAUAGCACUUUUAGCUAUGCGAAUGCAUUGUAUACAAACACCUACUCAGCUAGUGUUUGUCUACAGAGUGAUGAUUGGAUUGGCCGAGCAAGAAGACGUUAUCGGGCUUAGUAGUGUAGGAUAAGGUAGGGUAGGACAGAGUAAAGUAAAGUAGGGUAUAGUAAAUUAGGGAUGGACAGAGUAGGGUAAGGUAGAGUAGAAAAGGGUAAAGUAAGGUAGAAUAGGCUGGGGCAAGUUAAGUUACGAUAGCGUAGGGUAUGGAAGGAUAGAGUAGACUAGGUUAAGGAAGGAUAAGGUAAGUUAUGAUAAGGCAGGAUAGAGUACGGUAGAGCAAGACACAGUAAUGCAAACUAAACUACGGUAGGGUGGAGUAAAGUAUGUUGUAGUAUGAAACAGUAUGCCAUUAUAAAUUACCAUACAUCUUGUUUUCAGUACGUCCAACGAUUCAUCAAAGAGUACGAAACCACGGCCGAAACGGACGCAGCUAGACAAGCGGCUAAACAAUCGGCUCAUGCUGCUACAGCCGGCGCUCCAGGUGCUCAACAAUCACCAGGAGGACCAAUACAGCCAACGGGAGGAGCACAACCAAUGGGUGGAGUACCACAAAUGGGUGGAGCACCACAAAUGGUGGGAGCACAACCUAUGGGAGGAGCACCACCAAUGGGAGGAGUACCAGAUCAAGCAUUCGGAGGUGUCCCAGCAUCACCCAGACCAGCUUCACCGAGUGCUCAACCACAGUUUGUGAUGGGCUUACAAACUGGAGUACUGGGACAAGGCAUGGCUCAACAGCCGAUGGUACCGAUGGCACAACAACCUCAACUUGGACCACCUGCAGGUGCGGUACCACCGUAUGGAGCAGUACAAACCCCACCUCAAAUGGCAUCACCUGCUCUGAACAAUCAGCUUGUCAAUCGAAUUCAGCGUUGA